AUGCUUUUCCUUUUGUUUUCUCUCCCAUUCGUUUUCUCUCUUAUAUCAAUAGAUCUCAAAUCUCCAUAUUCUUCGUAUGAAGAGUUUUGAAUGCAUUAUAAAUCUAUCGAAAAAUCUCUUGGAGGAAGCUCUUCAACAAUCACAAAUUAUCAGAAUGUAACUUUCUACCUAGGCACAAUAUUACGGCAUGAUUUCUAUAGGCACCCCAGCGCAAUCUUUCUCAUGCCUCUUUGAUACAAGCAGCACUAUUCUUUGGGUUAUUGAAAAAGGCUGCACCACAUGCCACAAAUGCAACAAUACUUUUUCUCCUUCGAACUCAACCACUUACAAAAGCCUUGGAGUCAAUAAGACUAUUACUUACCUCAAAGGCGAAAUUUCUGGAGAAAUGGUAACAGAUACAGUGGCGAUAGGAGACUCUUCUUCAAUUAAUGCAACCGAUUAUGCUUUUCUGCUAGCUAAUAAUGAAGAAGACAAUGACAACUACAGAGCUGACGGCUCAGUAGGUUUCGCUCUGGACCGACUGGAAGACUACCCAUCCUUAGUAACUCAGCUUCAAAAGCAAGGAAAAAUCAAAAACCGCCAAUUUUCCUUUUUCUUGAAUUGGCUUGGAAAAAGACCGCAAUCAAAUCUUAUGAUUGAUGGCUCAGACCUCGCUACGUAUUCAACCCAAAAAGAGUUCACUUAUGUGAGCAUAAUUAACGACACAGCUGUCAACCCUGGCUAUUGGGAAAUUAUGUGUGAAAGUGUCAAAUUCGGAGACCAUACUUUAAAUAUUAAUAUCCCAGCAAUUAUUGAUACAGGGAGUAGCUUUAUUUUUGGACCUUCUGACACAGUUAACAGCAUACAAAAUGAUCUGGUGAAAAAGCAUGGAUGUCAGUAUUAUCCUGACAAUGAAAAUUUUGUUAUUUGUUUUAAUAAACCGAGCAGCGAUUAUCCAAAACUUACAUUUGUGGUAAAUGGGAAAGAAUAUACUUUAGAAUCUCAAGAUUACUUUUAUCCUAUUAGUGGAUCUUAUUUAGUGCCCUUAAGUCAUCAGGAACAAGAAAGCUGGCUGCUAGGAGAUGUCUUUAUUAGAAGGUUUUAUAUUACUUUUGAUAUGGAUAACUAUAGAGUAGGGCUGGCUAGGGCAAUUGAUGGAUAUAAAAAUGACAGCAGCUCAGUGCUAUCAUUGAUCGCAUUAAAUCUUCUUGCAAUCAUUUUUAACUUUUAG